AUGGAUCCCGUUGACGAGAACAAUGUGCUACUCGAGGUUGUGGGUUGGUGCAGACGAAAGCGUCCUGCCUUUCUGGUUCGAUACUCACGGCCAAGCGUGUGUGACCAUACGACCUAUGCCCUGGUGGGAACGCGUUUCCUCCCAGCAGCCCUCGUUGAAAGCUAUGAAGCUACUGAGGACUAUAAUUUGGACAACUUGCAGAAUCGAGGCGCCAUCAAACUGGAAAAUAUCAUUCGUGUCUUGGACAUGGCCUGGUACUCGGGGGAAGAGCCAGCUUGCGCCGACAACCAUAUCAAGGUGGAAUUUUCCUACUACAUAUUUGCCUUAUUAUGGAAAAGGAAACAAUUUCUGGAUGUUUUCCUACUUCUAGAGUGGAAAUCGGAUGACGGUCAACUCCAGAUAACUUGGGAAUACGCUGAGACGCUUAUGGAUCUGAUGGAGCCAAGAUUCUGUAUGAAUCUACUCUCUAGAUGGGUGUCAGAGGUGGACUGGCGUCAUAGACAAAUGGUUUUCCAAUUGGAAUUGGGCGAUGUAAGAAAUGUGCUAGGAGCGAAGGGGUGGCAGUAUAUGUGA